AUGACCGCUUGGACGAGCUCGCUGAAAUCGAAGACGAUUCGCUGGCUUGAGGAUAAUCGCGGGUUGGUUAUCGUUCUCUUCUGCCUUCCGGCGAGUUUUCUGUUUGAUUUGUUCAUUCAAUUCCGUAUUUGGUUCAACCGGAAAAUAGCAAAAUCUUCAACGCACGCAAGCAGAGUUGACAAUAUCAGAAAUCAGAUUCUUGAAUGGAAUCGACUUCCUGUGAAUCAGAGGAAGCCGUUGUGCACAGCGCGUCCGAAUUGGCUUAGCCUUUCCGUGACAUUUUUCGAUAAGAAGGCUUGCCAUCAGAUUCCCAUCGAUCUUCAUGAUGUUUUGAAUCUCGACGAGCAAAAUCUUACGGUGACCGUCGAGCCGAAUGUCACUGUUCGAGAAAUAUGCAAAUAUCUUGUACCGAAGGGAUACACUUUGGCUGUGACACUGGAAAUUGGAGAUGCGACACUGGGUGGAUUGGCGUUUGGUGUGGGAAUGACCACGUACUCGCAUAAGGUUGGACUCUAUCAAGAAACAAUUCUAGAAUACGAAGUGGUGACUUCUGAAGGAAACGUGAUCAAAGUGACAGCCGAUAAUGAGCAUUCGGAUUUGUUCUAUUGUUUGCCGUGGUCGCAUGGAACUCUUGGAUUUUUGGUUGGGCUUAAACUAAAAAUUAUUAAAGUGAAGCCAUAUCUUCAUAUGAAAUAUAUACCGUGUCAUUCGCAAGAAGAGUAUUGUCGGAAAAUGAUGGAAUUGUCCGGCGGAAAUGACAAAAAUGCGCCGGUUGCUGAUUACGUCGAAGCAACGAUUUUCAAUAAAGAGCAAGCGGUGAUCAUGUUGGCCAAUUUUGCCGACGUCGAUACGAUUGGCAAACGAUUGAUGGUGAACGAUGUGACGAAUUGGUGGAAGCCGUGGUUCUACAAACACGUCGAAACGUUUUUGGAAAACGGCGGCGAGGAAUACAUACCGCUUCAAUCGUAUUUGCUUCGACAUAAUCGCGCAAUAUUCUGGGUGCUGGAAAGCAUGAUUCCGUUCGGAAAUCAUCCGAUAUUCAGAGCCUUCCUUGGUUGGCUAUGCCCACCAAAACCGGCAUUCCUCAAAUUCACCACCACCCAGGCGGUUCGCGAAAUGACGUUCGCCAAGCAGGUGUUCCAAGACAUCGUCCUUCCACUCGACACAUUGAAAGAGCAAGUCGACGCCGCCAUCGAGCUCUUCGACACAUUCCCGCUGCUCGUCUACCCGUGCCGAAUCUACGACCAUCAGCGUGGUCCGCAAGGCCAACUUCGCGCACCGCCAAAAGCGCGAUUGGUUCCCGAAGCGAAUUACGCGAUGUUCAAUGAUCUCGGCGUUUACGGCACUCCGGGACUGGUGAAGCGUCGCGAGCCCUACAAUCCGACAUACGCGAUGAGGGCAAUGGAGAAGUUCACGCGAGACGUUGGCGGCUACUCGUUCCUCUACGCCGAUAUUUUCAUGACCGAACCGGAAUUCGAGGAAAUGUUUGAUUUGACACUCUAUAAUCAAGUCCGAUCAAAAUACAAUUGUGACGGCGCGUUCCCAAGACUUUACGAAAAAGUCAAACCAGAAAUCGAUGUGAUUGCAAUUGGCGAGAGCUACGCGAAGAAGAAUGAUUAA